GCGGUGAUAUGACAAAUCCUUCUUCCACCUCAACGUCCUUGACGUGGACAACAAGAGCAUCAACUACUCAAGCACCAAGAUCAACGGGUAGUAGAGGCCGUGAGUUUCUUAUUCUAUUUAUGAAGAAUUAUCAUGGAGCGCUUGGGAACUUGAGUGUUUACUUAACGACAGACAACGGAACAACAGUAAAAAUAUUAAAAUCCCCUCAUUUAAAUGCAAACUUUAAAUCGGUUAUUAAUUUUACCAACAACUUCAAACUCUCUCUCCCUCGACACAUUGAGUGUGACUACUUUACUAUAGAACAUAAAGGUCUAAUACUCCAGACUUCUGAAUUGUCAACCAUAACACUCUUUGAUAGUAUUCAUGAGACCUCAAACGAUGGGACUCUGAUUAUUCCAACUCAUAAACUCUCAAACAAAUAUAUUAUUUCUUCAACGGAUCCAUAUAAUACCGGUACUGAUUUGUACAGUCAAUUUGCUAUCGGAGCACUCUAUAACAGGACAAAUGUAGAGAUUACAUUCAAAUUCAAGCACAAUACUCCUCUGACUAUACAAGGUAAAACAUACAGAGACGGAGAUGUUUUCACAGUAAUGUUGCAAAGAUUUGAUACAUUACAAAUUGCUCAUACAACUGAUCUCUCUGGCACCUUCAUAACGUCUACGAAUCCUAUCGCAGCUUUUUCUGGAAAUAGAUGCCAGUAUUUGAAAUGGGGUUGCAGUCACAUGGUAACACAGAUUCCUCCGACAACAGAGCUUGAUACUCUUUACAUCGUACCCCCUUUUUAUAAAAACGCCGGGACAUUAAUUCAAGUGCUCAGUGGAAAUAGUAGUUCCGUAAACUCUAGUGUUGGAAGCAGUGCAUCAAACUUUCAUUUAAAUGAAAAAGGAUACAGGAACAUUGAAGUAACUUCAAAUAUGACAACAGUUAUAGAAUCAGAUCAGCCUGUGCUUGUUACUGCUUUCGGAAUGGGUAGGCCCUAUCAGCCUUACAUGACGGUCGUACCAGGAAUCCACCAGUAUCUCGAUUAUUACAAGGUUAUUGUUCCAGCAGGGUAUGAUGAAAACUUUAUCUGUGUGAUUAUUCCAUUUCAAUCGUUGAACAACCUACGGAUUAACGGAUUUUCUGUUCAUCAUUAUACCGUUGUGUAUCAAAGCUCUUCGACCGUAGUAAAAUCGUUCAGUAUCCGUACCUUAAAAGUCAAAAAUGGAACUAUUGUUUUGUCAACAUCUGAUGCAUCACAGUUUGGACUUAUUGUUUAUGGUCAUCAAUAUGGUGAUGGUUACAGUUUUGCAGGGAAUUUUGUCCUCCCAUGA